CCGGUCCCCAAGAGGACCCGACAACCCCCCCCCAGCAGAGAAGGGAGUCUUACUUUUAAGUGCUGCCUCAUGUGCUCUGACUCCCCAGCGAGACCAAAUCCUGGAAUUGCAAAUGCCUCUCCUGCUCCUGCAUGGAGCAGCCCCACUGCCUCCUCCAACCUGCCUGUGAGACUCACACAAAGGGAGGGGAGUGAACUCUGCCAGAGCCCCUAUAGAGGGGUCACCACCCUGGCCCCCUGCCAUUGGCUAUCCUGAUGGGAUGGGUCAAUGCUCCCUCUAACUGUUUUUUGUCCAUGUGCGGAAUAAAGGUGUGUGCCAUGGCAUGUGCGGAUGUGCACCGCGGCCUGCUCUGCAGAGCCAUUUAUAACUGAGUCUUUUGGUCUGGGCUUCCUGGGGUCUAGUAUCCUACAGUCAGUAAUUCAGGAGCCAGGGCUACUUGCACAAAGCAGGGGACCCCUGUCCAAAUAAGUGGGCCCUGGUGAGUGCUUCUAUCUCAGUAGCGGAGCUCCUGCUCUGAAGGGCCAGCGUGGAAUGGAUGUGGUGGGUCUCAGCCCAGUUCUUUCUGCCCAGGUGCCCACCUUAAGCUGCCCCAGCUGUUGCUAACUGCCCCCCUGCCAUGGGCUAUCCUGAUGGGAUAUGGGUCAAUACUCCCUCUAAUUUUUUUCCAUUCAUGUGCAGAAUAAAUGUUAUACCCUAGUAUGUGCAGAUGUGCACCACCAGCAGAAACAUGCUGUGGGUGCUCUGCUAGUCAGCUGGGCGGCAUGUGAAUCUCUCCUGGGUAGGUGCUCAGCUAACAGGGGGCGCUGGUACCCCCCAGGCGAUGUCUGCACAGUGCAGAGCAUAGGGCUUGGCCGUUCACCAGCAAUGGUCAGAGGCAUGUGAAACUCACUGCAUGGCUUUGGCCUUUGUCAGGCCUGACCGUGCUUGUGGUGAGCGCUGGCUGGCAGGCGGGCUGUACGGGGGCUAGGAUACGCGUUCUCCUGCGCCGUGGGUGGCUUUCCCAGCUGGGUCGUGGCCAGGGUGCUGCUGGGUUACUGGGGGAAAUGAGGUCUGACGGUCUUGGGCACCGGUUGCCACAGGCUGGCACGAGGGGAGUCCUCUUCCUGCCCCACCCCUGACCACGUUCUGCGCCCUUGUGUUUCAGGAGUGCAGUGGCCUCGGGGAGAUGCCAGGCUCCUUCGUGCCCACAGUCACUGCCAUCACGACAAGCCAGGACCUGCAGUGGCUGGUGCAGCCCACUCUGAUCUCGUCCAUAGCCCAGUCGCAUCCGCAGGGCCAACCGAUGUCUCACCCGCCCCCGCCCCCGCCGCACAAGCUUCCUGGGGAGGCAGAGCUCCCCCCCUCCCACAAGGCAUGGGACUGGGGGAAGCCCCCAUCUGGGAGGGGUGGGGCUGGGUCGCAUGGGGAGCCUGUGGCUGGCGGCCCCCGUGCCUUGCAGCUGACGCCAGAGGAGGAGGAGAAGCGACGCGUCCGCCGGGAGAGGAACAAGCUGGCAGCAGCCAAGUGCCGGAACCGGCGCCGGGAGCUGACGGACAGGCUGCAGGCGGAGACGGAUCAGCUGGAGGAAGAGAAGGCAGGGCUGGAGUCGGAGAUCGCGGAGCUGCAAAAGGAGAAAGACCGCCUGGAAUUCGUCCUGGUGGCUCACAAGCCCAGCUGCAAAAUCCCUUACGAGGACAUGCCCGAGUUGGGCAGCCAGCCCGGCCCGUCGGCUGAGGUGAGCUCCUUGGGGGUGCCUGCCAAGGAGGACCCGUUCGGGCCAGCUGCCUACCCAUCGGUGCCCCUCCACUACCAGCAAAGCCUCGGCGUGCCACCGCCGGGCCCCGCGGAGGUAGCGUUUUCUAGUUCUUACUUUACACACGGUGAGCCGCUGACAGACCCGUACCCGGUUAACCCUUCAUAUACAUCUUCGUUUGUGUUCACCUACCCAGAGGGAUCUACCUGCGGAGCCUCACACCAGCGGAACAGCAGCAGCGACCAGUCCUCGGACUCCUUGAAUUCUCCCUCGCUACUCGCUUUGUGACACACAAAGCCACUCCUCC